AUAAAUAAGGACACACACCAGCUGCAUGUGUGCAACAGAUGUCGGCUAAUAAUAACGGCGUGCUGCGCCUUUAAGAGUCUGACUGAGGAGGAAACUUAAUAUCUGUCUGCAUCAAUUAACAGAGAGAGAGAGAACCGGACCUGGACCUGUCCCUCUGUCCUCUGUCCCGCCGUCCACAUUCUACCUGCUUUUUUUUAUUUUAUUUUUUUUCUUGUUUUGUUAUACAAACCGGAUUAAAUUACGCAUUGCACCUUUAAGAAGCUGUCAACGGGAUUAGAGUUACGCGCAGUGAGCCAAAGGGGGUUUUACGCACAGGCGCGUCUCCUCCAGCGACACUUGUCCCUCUGUCCCUCCGUCUAUUUCCCUCUGUCUCUGUCUCUGUCUCUGUCCCUCUGCUCCUCCGGACACCGCCGGGCGACAUGGCCGAGAUCGGGAAAGGGGUCACCGCCGGGAAACUGGCCAUCAACGUGCAGAAGCGGCUGACCAGAGCGCAGGAGAAGGUCCUGCAGAAGCUCGGUAAAGCAGAUGAGACCCGAGAUGUUGCCUUCGAAGAGAUGGUUGCCAACUUCAACAAGCAGAUGACAGAAGGAACCAAACUGCAGAAAGAUCUGAAAGCCUACCUGACAGCAGUGAAAACAAUGCACGACGCGUCCCGGCGGCUUCAGGACUGUCUGGCUGAGAUGUACGAGCCCGAGUGGUUCGGCAAAGAGGAGAUGGACGCGCUGACGGAAGACACAGACACUUUGUGGUUAGAUUUUCACCAGAACAUCACCGACAAGUCCGUCAGCUCCCUGGACUCAUACCUGGCUCAGUUCCCUGACAUUAAGGCUCGUAUAGCUAAACGUGACAGAAAGAUGGUGGACUUCGACAGCGCCCGGCAUCAUUUCAGCUCCUUACAGAAAGGGAAGAAGAAGGACGAGGCCAAGAUCGCCAAGCCAGCGGCCCUGUUGGAGAUGGCGGCUCCGAGCUGGGCUCAGGGUUUGAUAUCAGCCCACCAGGUGGCUCAGACUAACCUCUCCUUCAACCAGGCGGAGGAGGAGCUUGGUCGAGCUCAGAAGAUUUUCGAGGAGCUGAAUGUGGAGUUACAAGAUGAGCUUCCAUCACUGUGGGACAAUCGUGUUGGCGUCUAUGUUAACACAUUCCAGAGCCUGGCGAAUCAUCAGGACAAGUUCCACGGAGAAAUGAGCAAGCUCAGCCAAAACCUGAACGACAUCAUGACCAAACUGGAGGAGCAGCGGGAGCUGAAAAAAGGUGGUACUGCAGCAGCAGAGACAGGAGACUGUGGCAAGAGUGAGGAAACCAACCACAGCGACUCAGCUUGCUCAGCACCAAAGAGGCCCGGGCCUCCGCCCAGCAGGCCUCCGCCCCGACUGACGCCGUCUCCGGACCCCAGACAGCAGCCCGAUGAGGCCUCAGCACCCGACGAAGACACAGAGUCAGACAUCGUGCCGACAACAACGCAGCAGUAGUGUGAGCCCUGGUCAGGGGUGAACCUGCUGGACUGGGAUGUGGAGGUUUUACAGCCCGUCACUUUUCCAGCUCCCCAGGAGCCGUCCUGGGACUCAUGGAGUGCUGUAACAACCAACGGCUCAGAGGGCGAACUCCCUCCAGGAUUCCUCUACAAGGUGAAAGCGAUACAUGACUACUCUGCUACUGACAACGACGAACUGGAGCUGAAAAUCGGAGACUCUGUGCUGGUUUUGGCCUUUGACAACCCAGAUGAACAGGAUGACGGCUGGCUGCUGGGUGUGCAGGAGUCUCACUGGCUGAAGAACAAAGAUAUUUCAGUUAAAGGAGUUUUCCCUGAGAACUUCACUCAGAAGGUUUGAGGUUCAGGCCACAUGAAGAUUCUUCCUCAAACUCCUUGGAUAUAAAACUCACGAUCAAAUUGUCACUGAAGGUCAAAAUGUUUCGGUACAUGAUUAGAAAUACAAAAAUGCCUCUGUGGUUUCUGUUUGUGCAGUUAUUAUAACUCUUCAGUGAAAACAUUUAUGCAAACCAAUCAUCAAAUUGUACACCCAAAGAGAAACAUGUUAAUUUAGUUUUAAUUCCUGAGUAAUUUCUAUGCUAAACUCAAAUGAACAAAAAGGAGGGAUAAGUGGUGUAUGUAUUGUAUGAAUGUUGUGUAACAGUUCUUUGCAUGAAGCAUUUGAUUGUCCUGUCCUGUCAUUGACUUUGAAACAAAACAGACACUGUGACACCCGGCGGGAUCGCUCCAUGUAGUGUUUGAAAAAUGAAGUUGUCUUGGAACAGAGCCCUGGAGAACACCACACAUAUAAUAAUAAUCUAUCGCAGGUUCAGCAAAGGGAACAGUCAUUUUACAUUUACUUUACCGGCCAUUUUGAGGACAUGACUUGAUGUGUGGCUUAAAUUUUCUAAUGCUUGUUCAGACACUUUUAUUUCGACUUUUGAACCAGAUUUUCUUGAAGGGUGAAUGCAAAACAUCAAACUCAUCUUCUUUAGUUUCCACUGUUUAUGACAAUUUACCACUGGUUUAGACUUUGGUUUGCUAUUUAACUCUUUUUAAACCUUUUUCAUACAAACGUGUAUGUAUUUAAUACUGUGCAGACAACUUUUCUCCAGUAGAGGUCAGGUCAGGGGCUGACUUAUGGGUUUGGGGGUCUCAGGCAAACACAGGUAUGGGGCCCUAACCGUUUCUAUACGUAAGAAUCAAAACAAUCAGACCUACCUAUAACAUGUCUUCUCACUGCUGAAUAGAAGAGCUGCUGCAAAUGUGUCCAAGGCUAUAUUUUGGAUUAAUCUGUGAGGAAUAAAUAAACAUUAAAAUAACAAUAAUGUAUAUGUACUUAGUUUAAUAAUGGCAACAUACUGAAAACACCAGUAACAUCCACUGUUAACUCUGUUCUCCCUCAGUCCAAUAACAACUGUUUCCCUGUUCAAUAUCAAAACCAGCUAAUAUCAAUGAGAUCUGUGUUUAAUACCAAAAGCUAGCUAAUAUCAUCAGUUUUUCUGCAUUCAAUACCGAAAGCUAGCUAAUAUCAAUGAGCUUCUUAAUGUUCAAUACCAAAAGCUAGCUAAUAGCAAUGAGUUUCUCGUUUUCAAUACCAAAAGCUGGCUAAUAUCAAUGAGUUUCUCGUUUUCAAUACCAAAAGCUAGCUAAUAUUAAUGGGUUUCUCAUGUUCAGUACCAAAAGCUAGCUUAAAUCAAUGGCUUUCUCCAUGUUCAAUAUCAAAAUCCAGCUGAUAUCAAUGAUUCUCUCGUGUUCAAUACCAAAAGGUAGCUAAUAUCAACAAGUUUCUCCAUGUUCCAUACCAAAAGCUAGCUAUCAACAAGUUUCUCCCUGUUCAAUGUUAAUCGGUCAGUAUAUAUAUAUAUAUAUAUAUAUAU